UUACGGCAUCGCCGGCAGCACCAAUGUGACGGGCGAUCAGGUGAAGAAGCUGGACAUCCUGUCCAACGAUCUGGUCAUCAACAUGCUCAAGUCAUCGUUCAGCUCCUGCGUGCUGGUGUCUGAAGAGAAUGACAAAGCCAUCAUAGUGGAGCCAGACAGGAGGGGGAAAUACAUCGUGUGCUUUGAUCCUUUGGACGGCUCCUCCAACAUCGACUGUCUCGUCUCCAUUGGCACCAUCUUUGCCAUUUACAAAAAGACCACAGAUGAUGAGCCCUGUGAGAAGGACGCUCUGCAGCCCGGCAGGAACCUCGUGGCAGCGGGCUACGCCCUCUACGGCAGCGCCACCAUGGUAGUGCUCUCCACCGGCCAGGGAGUCAACUGCUUCAUGCUCGACCCG